AACCAGCUCCAAGGAAACCACUGUACGGUUUGAGUGACUACUGAAUCAGUAUUGUGUGAGAGAGUGUGAAGAGGCGUGAUGUGUCCGGCAGCCUGAGAGCUGAUGCUGUGUGUGGGAAGCGCGUACUGAGGGGGACAGGAGACGGCUCGGCAUUGGUACAACCCACAGCUGCCUGGGAACAAAGCGGGCUCUUGUACUGCUGCCAAGUGGCCACCCUGCUGCCCGCCAGGCUCAGCCAAGGGGAACAUAUUCCGCUCUCUUACACACUUUAUUCAUUCUGCUUCUCCCGUAUCCGCUAUUCCUGGCGCUGGGAAGAAGAUCGACUAAAGUUUGGCAAUGGCUUUGAUCAUGGAACCCGUGAGUAAAUGGACUCCGAGUCAAGUGGUGGACUGGAUGAAGGGCUUGGAUGAUUGCCUGCAGCAGUACAUAAAGAACUUUGAGAGGGAAAAGAUUGCAGGGGACCAGUUAUUACGCAUUACACAUCAAGAGCUUGAGGAAUUAGGAGUCACACGGAUUGGACACCAGGAACUUAUUUUGGAAGCUGUAGAUUUACUGUGUGCACUGAAUUAUGGAUUGGAAACUGAGAACUUAAAAACACUUUCCCACAAAUUAAAUUCAUCUGCAAAAAAUUUGCAGAACUUUAUAACAGGGAGAAGAAGAAGUGGCCAUUAUGAUGGGAAAAGUAGCAGAAAGUUACCUAAUGACUUCUUAACUUCUGUUGUGGAUCUCAUUGGGUCAGCAAAGAGCCUCCUCGCUUGGUUGGACAGGUAUUGCCACGCUGAUCAGGAUGACAUCGAUAACCUUAAAAAAAGAUGGAUAGGGCAUAAACUGGAUAAAUCACCAUUUGCUGCAGUGACAGAUUAUUCAGUCACAAGAAAUAAUGUUAUUCAGCUGUGCUUGGAAUUAACAACCAUUGUUCAGCAGGAAUGUACGGUGUAUGAAACAGAAAACAAAAUUCUUCAUGUGUGCAAAACCCUCUCCGGUGUCUGUGAUCACAUCAUCUCUCUCUCAUCGGACCCGCUGGUUUCACAGUCAGCUCAUCUGGAAGUCAUCCAACUCUCCAACAUCAAGCCAAGUGAAGGACUGGGUAUGUACAUCAAAUCCACAUAUGAUGGACUUCAUGUGAUUACUGGGACUACAGAAAAUUCACCUGCUGAUCGAUGCAAGAAAAUUCAUGCUGGUGAUGAAGUAAUACAAGUCAACCAUCAGACUGUGGUGGGUUGGCAGUUGAAAAAUUUGGUGAAUGCACUACGAGAGGACCCGAGUGGUGUUAUCUUAACUUUGAAAAAGCGACCUCAGAGCAUGCUUACCUCAGCACCAGCUUUACUGAAAAAUAUGAGAUGGAAGCCUCUUGCUCUGCAGUGGUAUGAUGAGGAAAUGAAAACUUAUUCCUGGACACGUAUAUCACCCCUCAUUCCAAGGAGUCCCACCAGCGGUGCCGCUACUCCAUCAAGCACAAUCAGCACACCGACAAAGAGAGACAGUUCAGCACUUCAGGACCUCUUUAUUCCUCCUCCACCCCCAGAGCCUUACAUACCCAGAGAUGAGAAGGGCAACCUACCUUGUGAGGAUAUGACUAGACACACUGUUGGCAAACCUGUUUCGAAGGGAUCAGAGUCUCCAAACUCCUUUUUAGACCAGGAGUACAGAAAGCAUUUCAAUGUGGUGGAAGAGGAUGCAAUUCUGUAUUGCUACGAGUAUGACAAAGGAAGAUCCGGCAUGCAAGGUCGGAGGGAAAGCACGCCAACCUAUGGAAAACUGCGUCCAAUUUCUAUGCCCGUGGAAUAUAAUUGGGUUGGGGAUUACGAAGAUCCCAACAAGAUCAAGAGAGACAGUAGAAGAGAAAGUUCAUUGCUACGUUAUAUUAGCAAUGACAAAGUAAUCCAAGAAGAAUACAUGCUUCAGAGGGGCACAAAAAAAGAAACUGGUAAAAAAUCCAAGAAGAAAGGAGAGAAGAAUACAAGUCCAAGCCAUUAUGCCCUGAUCCCUGCUGUACAAAUGGAUUCCCUGUGCCAUGAAGUUGUGAGCCCAUCUGUUUCAGACGCUGCAUCAUAUCAUACAUUUCAGCAAUCUUCAUUACAGCACAAAUCAAAGAAAAGGAAUAAAGGUCCUGUUCCUGGCAAAAGUAAAAGGCGAAUAUCAUGUAAGGACCUGGGUCGUGGCGAUUGUGAGGGAUGGCUAUGGAAGAAAAAAGAUGCCAAGAGCUAUUUCUCUCAGAAAUGGAAAAAGUACUGGUUUAUUCUGAAGGACACAUCUCUUUACUGGUAUAUAAAUGAGGAGGAAGAGAAAGCUGAAGGCUUCAUCAGUCUGCCUGAAUUUAAAAUUGAUCGAGCCAGUGAAUGCCGUAAAAAAUUUGCAUUUAAAGCCUGCCAUCCCAAGAUCAAGAGCUUCUAUUUUGCUGCUGACAACUUAGAUGAUAUGAACAGAUGGCUUAGUAGAGUGAACCUAGCAGUGUCUAGCUAUGCAGAGAGAGAGAGGAUUAAACAGGAUCAAGGCAGCAUAAAUUAUUGGAGUGAGAGUGAUCAGGAAGAAGUUGAUACACCAUCAACACCAAAACAAGACAGUCCGCCGCCUCCAUAUGACACAUACCCAAGGCCAGCCUCCAUGAGUUGUGCCAGCCCAUUUGUGGAACCAAAACACAGGCUGUCUUCCACUGAAACCUCACAGUCCCAUUCCUCGCAUGAAGAAUUUCGGCAGGAAGCAGCUGGAAGCACUACAGAUUCUCCAGUAAGAAAAACAGCCAGUCAAAGGCGAUCCUGGCAGGAUUUAAUUGAGACACCACUAACUAGCUCAGGACUUCAUUAUCUUCAGACUCUUCCUCUAGAGGACUCUGUAUUUUUGGAGCCAGCUGUGGUUUCCCCAGAUCACAGACGACAGUCAACCCUUCCAGCUCCAAAGUGCCAUCUUCUAGAUCAUUAUGGUCCUUUUUCUUUGGCAGAGUGUAAACAAUCACAAGCACAAAGUGGUAGUGGGGCAAAACCACGCAGUUUUACACUCCCACGAGAUGGAGGCUUGAGCCACUGUGCGCCACUGUCACCAGUGAGUAUCCUGGAGCCACUGGAAUCCUCGCCGAAACUGGAAACACAAGGUGAAGCAAAAUCUGAUCAACCAGGGAAAGUUGAAGAUGCAACUGAAACUGUAGACGAGAAGCCAGCAGACUCAUUACAAGAUCUCUACAGGGCCCUGGAGCAGGCCAGUUUGUCCCCACUCGGAGAUCGGCGUCUUUCAACCAAAGUGGAGUACAAGAAGUCUUUUAUUAAAAGGUGUAGUGAUCCAGUAGUCAAUGAAAAACUCCACAGACUGCGAAUUUUGAAAAGCACUUUAAAGGCCAAAGAAGGAGAAGUAGCUAUUAUUGACAAACUUCUGGAAAAACCAGACUUCACAUCUAAAGACUUUCAGGAGUGGAAGAGCCUGUACCUUGAGCUUUUUCUGGAAAUCUGUCAAAAGAGUAACUCAAAGGACGGGGAGAGCGUCUCUUCAGAAGUAGAUGCACUUAUACAGUCUCUAGCGCACAUGCACUCCUAUAUCGAAACGCAUGUAUAAUCGUCUUUAUUCUCUGAUGCCUAUAACCCUGAAGAAAGGACAUUUUCUAUUAUUAUAUGGAAAGUCUAGUAAAUUAUAUUUUAAAGUUGCUGAUCUAUGUGGAGUAACUCUUCUAUGAUCCCAAUGCCGUCCUCUUCGAUUGGCGUUUGUAUAUUUUCUACGCUGGUAGUGCUUAGCUUUAUGUUCAUCCUGUGAUUCGGUCGGUAAAGUGUACAGAGAUGAUUUAUUAAACUCAGCGAUGGAAGCGGUUUUCUUAAGGCCUCAUCCCUUGGAAAACUUUUCUAUUAACAGAUUUACAUUUUUUCUGUGCAAACGGGAUCGGGGCGACCAUGAAAAAUAGGUUUUGUAUUAUUCUUGAAAUGUUUGAAAAAAACAAAAAAAAAAACAGGUAUCUAAAGUAUAUAAAUGCUGCAGUUCUAUUUUUGAUGAUGUAGAAAAGAAUAAAGACACUUAUUUUAAAAGAAAAAAAAACAUAAAUACCAAGAAAUGGUAAUAUCACAAGACAAAUGCAUCGUCCUCAUCCUCUGUUACAUUCUUGUUAAUAUCAGCCAGGAAGGGUCAAACUGAUGUGAUUUGUUAUCCAAGUGCCAAUCAUAAGUACAUGUGACCAGACCGAAAUGAUGUCAGCAUGGAGAAUGAAUUGCAUGUUGUCAUCUAUUGUUAGAUGUCCUCUCUGCGAUGCGUCUUAAAAGGCUUACAAGCCAAAAGCUGUUCUGUUCAAUAACUAGUAAUUAUUUUGACCUCUAGUUCUUUUCUAAAAAUGGUGAUGUUGAUUCUUUUUUCUCCCAACGUUCCACACAACUUUAGUAUGUACCCAUGCAUUGACAGGAAGAAAGAAUACAUCUAGUUACAUAUGACUGAUAAAUACUAAAAUAGAAAACAAACUUUAUGUUGUAUUCAAAACUUUUUAAAAUGUUUGGUUUUCUCAGUUUUCAAUGAAAUUAAACUGAUACAAACAAGUAGCACUUACUGUACAUUAAAGGGCACACAAUCCAUAGCCACACAAGCUGUCUCUAGGCAUGGCAGGUCAAUGCUUGUUUUUUGCUUGGAGGUCCAGCCUGCAUUCUCUUCUCAAACAUUCUGUCCCCAUUGGCCAUUAAUCCGGCUCUGUCUGGUGUUUAUAAUUACUAUUAAUCAGUAAUUGACAUCUUUUAAGGGAGAUGCUGAUAUAUUCCUUAACAAAUCAUUGGAUCAGCUCAAGGUGGCCAUAUUGAGGAAAGAUCUUCAGGUUUAUGGCAAGCUUUACACAGGCACACACAAUCACUCUUUCACAGAUACAUGCACACAAACACUUAUACAUGUGCACAUACAAAGGUACAUGGGAGUACAUUACAGAAUCAUGCACUGUAUUAGCAAACAUACCCAGACACAAAUGCACUUUAGAAAGUUAUAAUACACAGGUUGAGGUUGCCACCAUCCCCGGGUGAUGUUAACAGUCUGCACAGGAGGGAGUGAGAUGAUGAUGGUGGAGUUAAUGGUGGGCUUGGGCGGGCAGUGGGCAGGCAGAGGGCACAACAGGAACUGGGUGUGGUGGGAGUGGGGAUGGAGGGCUUUAAUGGGCAGUUAAAGUGGCAUGAUAGGUCAAGGAAGAGGAAUUAAACACAUAACAGCAAUUCAUUUUCUAGCUGGUGAUUUACUGGGUUUGGUCGACAAACCUAACACAUAAAAGCACUAAUACACUGGCACACAAGCACUUUUUACUCAGACACACACAAAUACACAUUAAGAAGUCAUGAGCAGAGACACAAACACUGAAAAAGUAUAUUUUUAUGGCCAAAACGCCACAACAGGAUUACCCAUAAGUCUUCUGCACUGCAGUCAGUCUCAUUACCUUGGUGUACAAUGCACCUACUGUCCCUAGAUUAUUUUCUAGUCUCUCUGAACAGAAGUGAUUUGCAAUGCAAACAUUUUCAGGUAUGGCACAAACUGAUGUUUUCUAUACCACUUUUAAGUGUCCUUUGUAAAAAAGCACAAAAUGAAUAUUUCAGAUAUACUGAGUCCUUGAACAACCUUCCUAUUUAAACACAAGUCUUAGUGGCAUUGAUGAAUGCUGGCCAGUGCUUUGCCAUAAUGAGUGGUAUCUACUUACAAUGAAGCACGAGCCUCGCUUUAGCCUGGAAAGUCUCUGCUUCCCCUCUUUAGAACAGAAUGGUCCAGUCUGCUGUAAACUUAGUGUCAGCCAAUGUCACUUCUACACUGUAUUUACAUCUAUGUAGUUGUUAGAGACUCAUAUAUGUGCAAGCAGCUGCAUGUUUGAAGAACUGGCUCUGUAUUCUUCCUAUAGAGUAUGGCUGAUGCUCUGAAUAUGCCAUUAUAAGGGUCAAGCGGAAACUUAGAACAUUAGAAUGCUUUGCAGAAAAUCCUUCUAUACUUUUGCAAUAAAGACUUGCCUGUGCAUCUCAUUGAAUGUAUUUAAAUCUUAGUUUGGAUGCUGCUUUAUCUAUAUUUGUUAUUAAAAUGAAGAUGUUUUGAUUUUCGUGCCGAACAGCCAUUUCAUUCUAAAUAUUUUAUAAGUAUUGCAUACUUGCACAGGGGACUGAGUGGCCUUCCUUGGCUGUCUCACUUAUUCAUCAUCUAAGCCAAAACGGUUCAGAAAGAAAUAUCUCAUUUUGUUGGAAAAACUAGAUCCAGGGUAUUAUUUGUAUUAUUUAGGGAGAAAAGGAAACUGUUUAAAUGAAAUAGCCAUUUUUAUCUGCAUGAAUACAGAUUGUUCAUUAAACUGUUAUGCGGCUUUGUAUUUUCCCAUGAAAAAUGGUUUGUGCUCAUGGUUUGUGCAUUGAGAUUUAUUGUUUUACUGGACCAAAAGAAAAAAUAUAUAUAUAUAUCUAUAAAUAUAUAAAUACUCUCUUAAAACAAA